AUGGCGGACUGGAAACGCUUAAUAGCAGCAGCAACAGCAGCAGCAGCAGCAGCAGCAGCAGCAACUGCAGCGGGGACAACCAGGAAUACCACCCCCAUGUCUUCCUGCACUGAGGCGCUGCUGCUGCCCUUCCUGGCGCUGCUGCUGUCUUACUCCCCCGAGCAGCCCAGAGCAGCAGCAGCAGCUGCUGCUGCUCUUGAACACUAUUUGGAGCAGCAGCACGAGCAGCGCAGCAGCUGGCAGCAGAAACAGCAGCAUCAGCACAGUAGCACAAAAGCAGCAGCAGCAGCAGCAGCAGCAGCGACGCGAAUGCAGCAGCGGCAGCUGCAGCGGCCUGACCGCAGCCCCCGCGUUGAUAAGCUGCUGUCUGCAGCUACUGCAGCAGCAGCAGCAGCAACUGCAACAACAGCAGCAGAAGCCGCAGCAGCAGAUCGUGCUAAUGCUCCGCGUGCCCCGCGCUCUUCGCGUUGCAGCUUCACACAACAGCUGGCAGCAGCAGCAAAAGAUGCAGCUGAACUUCUUGCUGCUGCAGCAGAGAAACGAUGUGCUGCUGCAAGGCUUGUUGCUGCGCUGCCGCAGCAGCAGCUGCAGCAGAAACAGCAACAGCAACAGCAGCAGCUCCGCCCGCGUCACUCUUGCGGCCCUGUUACCGUAGGAGCAGCGGCAGCAGCAGCAGCAGCAGCAACAGCAGCAGCAGCAGAUGAAGGUUGUGCUGCAAUGGAGCGCCGCAGGCGGAAGAGUGCCGGGGCUGCAGCAGCGCCAGGCAUAUCAGCAGCAGCAGCAGCAACAGCAGCAGCAGCAGCAGCAACAGCAGCACGAGGCGACUGCCUCCUUCAGGAACAGCUGGCAGAGCGGCAGCAGAAGCUGUUGAGGCGGCAGCAGCUGCUGCAGCAGCGGCAGCAGCAGCAGCAGCUGCGCAUGCUGCAGCGGCAGCAAGAUUCUUCAAACGAACUCCAGGCAUAUCAGCAGCAGCAGCAGCAGCAGCAAGAUGCAUUGGAGGUGAUUGAUUGGGAAGGAGAGGGUCUGCAGCAGGUCAGCAAACCCUUCCUGCAGCAGCAGCAGCAGCAGCUGCAGCAGCAGCCGGUGCAACAGCAGCAGCAGCCCGUGCAGGAGCAGCAGCCGUUGCAGUGGGUUCCUAGAAGCAGCAGCACACGCAGCAGCAGCAGUAGCAGCACCAGGCCCUCGAGUUCUGCCUACCAGCGCAUGCACGGCAGCAGCAGCAGCCCCCGCUGCAGCAGCAGCAGCAGCCAAAGUCUCGUGCUGUUGUCUGAGGCUCCAGCGAGAUCUGAUUCGGCAGCAGCAGCAGCAACUGCUGCUGCUCUAGACGCCCCUUAUAUGGUGCGCAGUGCUGCAGCAACAGCAACAUCAGCAGCAUCAGCAGCAGCAACAAGCACGCGCUACAGCAGGAGCAGCAGCCGGAGCAGCGUACGAAACAGCAGCAGCCCCCUGAGUGCUGCUGCUGCUGCUUACUUUGCUGCUUUUGCUGCAGACGAUGCAGCAGCAGCAUCAACACCCCAAGCCCAUUCGCCUGCAGACGCAGCAACAGCAGGACCAGCAGUAGCAGCAGCAGCAGCAGCAGCAACGCCCGCAGGCAGCAGCAGGACUCGACUGAUCAUAAAGCGCAGCAAUCUUCCUGCUGCUGCUUCUGCUGCUGCUUCUGCUGCUACUGCUGCUUCGGCUGGUGCUGCUACUGCAGCAGAGCCUCCGGUGAUGUAUGAUUUCUGCUGCUCGAGUGGUGCUGCAUCAGCUGCAGAAAGCCCUGUGGGGAGAGCAGCAGCAGCAGCAGCAGCAGCAGCAGCAGCUGCUGCUGCUGCUGCUGCAGCAGCAAACCUCACGUCAGCAGCACUUCGCCUGAUGCCCUUUCUAAUUCCAUACGAAGCAGCACAACACGAGCAGCAGCAGCAGCAGCAGCAGCAGCAGCAACUCGGUGGGCCUCAACUUUGGGUGGAGAGGCUGCAAGGGGUGCGGCUGCGCAUAGCAGCAGCAGCAACAACAACAGCAACAACAGCAGAAGCAGCAGCAGCAACUAUUGCCUCCCUACAAAGCCGCAGUGUGGAGGUUGCUGCUUCUCUCCCUGAUGCUUUCGGCAGCUGCAGCGUGCGGUGUACGUGCAGCAGCAACGAAAGCAGCAGCAGCAGCAGCAGCAGCAGGAAGGAGCAGCAGUUCUGCCAUGUCCCGUUCGCUGCUGCCGUUGCUGCUGCUGCAGCAACUACAGCAGCAGAAGAGGAGGCCUUCUCUGUGCUGCAUGCAGACCUCCUUGACCUUAAGUUUCACUGGUGGCGAGGUGUUGCUGCUGCUUGGCAGCAGCAGCAGCUCCCGCUGCUGCAGCAGCAGUUGUCGCUGAUGCAGCAGCCCCCGCAGCAGCAGCAGCAGCGGCAGCAGCAGCAGCAGCAGCAGCAGCAAGCAUAUGCUGCCUGGGUCGGCUGCCUCACCGCCGCUACUGCUUCCUUCAUGCCAUCUGCUCGUGAACUGCUUCCAGAAGCAGCAGCAGCAGCAGCAGCAGCAGCAGCAGACGCUGCACAGCAGCAGCAGCAAAUGGGGAGGCCCGCGCUGUGGCAGUGGCUGUGGGGUGCUGCAGAGGCCUUUGGGUUUUGCUGCAGCAGCAGAUUUGCUGCCUUGCAGCUGCUUGACGCCUACGCUGCGCAUCCUUCCUUUCCGUUCAAAUGUACCUGCAGCAGCAGCAGCAGCAGCAGCAGCGGAGGUGACGGCUGCAAGUGCUGCAGCAACAGAGAGCUGGCUCUCUGCUCGACUGCUGCUUUGCUGCUUGCUGCAGCGCUGCGCUGUCACUGGAAGGAUAUUGCUGCGGAUCAGUUCCUGCAGCAGCUGCUGCUACAGCUGCAGCAGCAGCAACAGCAGCAGCAGCAGCAGCAGCAGUUCUUUACGCUGGACGAUGUAAUAAUGGUGCAGGCCGACAUGCUGCAGCUGCUGCCGCCGUCGCUUGGGCUGUCUCUAACUGCUGCUGAUUGCAUUUUGCUGCAGCUUGCUGCUAUUAGGGAUUUCCCGCUGCUGCUGCAGCACACACCUCAGGCGCAUGCAACAGCUGCUGCUGCUGCUGCUGCUGCUGCUGGGAAGGCAGCUGAAGAAGCACCAGGAGAGGGUGCUACCCUUGGAUGCCGCUUGUUGCUGCAGCAAGACCUACAGCAGCAGCCGCAGCAGCAGCACUUUCAUGUCUCCCCCCACGGCAACAGCAGCAGCAACAGCAGCAGCAGCAACAGCAGCAGCAGCAGCAACAGCAGCAGCAGCAAGCGGUGGGUCCUGUUGUCUUUAUUUGACUUCCUCUCUGCCACUGGUCUCCUCGCUUGUCUUCAUGAUUUGCUAAUGCGUUGCUGCUACGCUGCAGCAGCAAACGGCUUGCUGCAGCAGGUCCCUGGCAGCAAGCUGACAGGCGUGCUGCUGCUGCUGCUGCUGCGCCCGUACGCACAGCGCCAGCAGCAGCAGCAGCAGCAGGGUGAGCUGGAGGUGCUUGACAGCAGCAGCAGCAGCAGCAGCAGCAGCUCCAGCAGCAGCAGCUGCAGCAGCAACGAUGCUUCUGCUUCUGUAAGGAGACGCAGGCGGCACACAAGCAGCAGCUGCCUCAGCUCCCCUGCGGACCUGCUGCAGCAGCAGCAGCAGCAAGAGCAGCAGCAGCAGCAACAGCUAGAUAUGCACUGGCAGCAGAAGCACCCUAGAACCCGAAACAGCUCUUCUCUCUCUGGCGAUGCGCCAUUUGCUGCUGCUGCGCUGCACUGCUGCAGCAGCCACACCGGCAGCAGCAGCAGGAGAAGCAGCAGCAGCAGCAGCUGGAACAAAGAAUGGAUAAAGCCUUCAGCGAGCGAGAACCUGGCAGCCACGCCCAGAGCAGCAGCAGCAGCAGCAGCAUCCAGUGCUGCUGCUGCUGCUGCUGCUGCUGGAGUUUCUCAAGGGCAAGAGAACAUCUGCCCUCGCUUUUUCAACACAGCAGCAGCAGCAAUAACAGCAGCAGCAGCAACAACAGCAGCAGCAACAACAGCAACAGCAACAGCGUUAGGAGACCUUCCCCACCAAAGACGCACAGCGCAGCAGCAGCAACAGCAGCAGCAGCAGCAACAGCAGCACCACCCAUGGCUUGGCCUGCAGCGUACAUACGGGAUGCAGCAGCUGUAG